AUGGAGGAUCUUAAGUACAUGUACUUCAGCAUUUUCCUUAUUUUGUACAUUGCCAUUGUUGCUGAAAAUGUCAUUCUAAUUGGAGUAAUCUACACUGAGAGAACAUUGCAUCAACCAAUGUAUUUCCUGGUGUGUAACUUGGCAGCAAAUGACCUCUAUGGUAGCACUGCGUUGCUGCCAGCAGUGUUGAGUAAUUUAGCUACCCACUCUAGUGAGGUAUCUCUAGCUGGCUGUCGAACACAGAUCUUUUGUAUAUAUACAUAUGCUAUUAUUGAAUUUACAAUUUUAGGAAUUAUGUCUUAUGAUAGAUAUGUUGCUAUAUGCCAUCCACUGCAGUAUCAGACCAUCAUGUCUCUGACAAAAGUGUAUAAACAUAUAGUUAUGAUCCUUUACUCAUAUGCAUAUAUCCUGAGAGUCUGUGCAUUAUCUUCCAAAGAAUCCAAGCUCAAAGCACUGCGAACUUGCACUCCACACCUGUUUGCCAUUAUCAACUAUUCUGUGGGUUGCUUUUUUGAAAUAGUGCAAAGCCGAUUAGACACAAGUAAUUUAUCUUACAGAACUCAAGUGUUUAUGUCCCUUUACUUUUUGAUAUUCCCUCCCAUUCUUAAUCCAGCAAUCUAUGGGUUAAGUCUUCAAGCCAUAAGAGUGAAGCUGUUCAAACGUUGUGAUGUUAAAGUAUAG